AUGGAUAAAACACUGUGCAGUACACUACUUCUUCUGAACACCUUUGUCCUGCUCCUGAACUCAAGCCAUGAAGCCAGAAAACACCCAGAUAUUGCAAAGAAAAUUAGUAACAGCCACACACUGGAUGAAAAGAGGAAGCAGGAUGUGCUGGAUGUCUUCAAAACUGUUUACAAUAUUCACAACAAUGACACAUACCUCAGCAACAUAAUGAACUACAAAUUGUGGCUGUGGGCUGGGUCGAUUUAUGGUGAAGUACAGCUGGGUCAAACAACAUGUACCCAGAUUGAAUCUGAUUUGGACAAAUGUCCUCUCAAAACUGACCUCCGUCGGAAAAAAGACAAGCAAGGAAGCGUUGUUUAUGUCAAUUUAAACCCAGAAGUAAACAUAUGCAACAAGUUCCUAUCUAAAGUGGCUAACUGUCCCUUCAAUGAACAGGCAGUCCAGCAGAAGAGUCUGAACCUCUCUGAAGAAUGCCAAAGUGUUGGAUCACAUAGAAGAAGUCGAUAUGCAGAAAAAGAAAACCAGGAAAUGCUGGACUUUGCUGUCAGCAGGCACAGCAAAAAGAAAAAUGACUUUCAUCUCAACCACGUGGUGUAA